CAAAACCAACUUUCCACUUUCCAUCAGACCUUUUCAUCAUCGCACUACCAACAUUACAAGUUCCAUCGCAAGCUCAGUUUUCGCUCAACAUUCACACGUAACUCAUUAUUACAAACUGUCUAUUUGACAAAAUCCACUCUAUCGACUCUAUAGAGCUUAUCAAGCUACAAGAUGUCGUUCCAAGAUAAAGCACAAGCUCACCUGAGCCAGGUCGACAAGGAGCUGUCGAAGUAUCAGGUCUUCAACAACUUCGAGAAGCAGACAUCCAUCCCCAAGGUCUACGCCGUUCUUGGUGUUGUCGGCCUCUACUUCUUCUUCGUUUUCUUCAACUUUGGAGGUCAAAUCCUUACCAACUUUGCUGGUUUCAUCCUCCCCGGAUACUAUUCCCUUGAAGCUAUCUUCUCUGCCGGCAAGGCCGAUGAUACCCAAUGGCUCACUUACUGGGUUGUGUUCGGAUUUUUGACUGUGGUUGAGAGCUUGAUCUCCGUUGUUUACUGGUUCCCUUUCUACUACACCUUCAAGCUCAUCUUCACCCUCUGGCUUGCGCUCCCCCAGACUGGUGGUGCCCAGCUCAUCUUCCGCUCGUUCUUCCAGCCCGUCUUCUCGCGCCACUUCCAGCAGUCGACUGCUUCCAACCUUCGCUCCAAGGUUGACUCAGCCACCUCGGACAAGACACUGUAAGCAGCUACCAGCAUGCGCUGCAUACAUCCGCUCUUGCAGGUGGAGCUCGGCUCCGACAAUCACACGAGAGUGGGGACAGUAAAAUCAAUGGCGAUAAGAAGAACAGAGUAUGCACGUGAUACUCUAAUGUGGAAUGAGACACGCGGUGUGAUGGGUAUCGAUAUCAUGGAAUGACUUGACUUUAUUUUCGUUUCUUUAUACGGGAAGCGGUCGCUUGAUGUGAAUAGAAACGUUGCGCGAGGGUUUAUGUUAUGGGCUGAGUUACGUAUCAUUAGAUGACCAGGAGGAAAUUCGUUCACGAUUGGCAAUGAUUUUAAGGACGGAUUAAUCGAACGGAUGCUUUCAAUCUGGUAGUUUAAUGACAGUCGUCGUUGUUU